UGGAAAUCGCAGCGCAGCAAGAAUGCAGCCGGAGCGUCGGGCGUCAAGUACGUCGGCGUCGUCGGUGCGCCGCCGCACGGGCUCUAUGAGUCCCAAGAAAAUGGCGAUUGGAGCAAAACCAGUCGCUGUCUAUUGCUGGGGAUGGGGAGGCAACGGUCAACUCGGUACGAACGAUCGCGAGAGCCGCAUCGCGCCCCACCUCGUCCUCUCGUUGCUCGAGAAGACGUCCAUCUCGAAGAUCGCGUGCGGCAGUCGAUUCACCGUGGCGUUGACGGCAUCGGGAUCGGUGUUUGCUUGGGGAAAGAACGACUACGGCCAACUUGGUCUUGGCCACCACCUCCAAGCCCAGCUCGAGCCUCGCUUGAUUGACUCAUUGAGCGACAUCGCGAUCACCAACAUUGCCACCCGAGGGUCCCACGUCCUCGCCAUCUCUGAGGACGGUGCAGUCUUUUCAUGGGGCCGCGGCGACGAAGGCCAGCUCGGACACAACUCCCGGGAAACGCUGCAUCUACCCAAGCGCAUCACGAAGCUACACCACAUUGUCGAUGUUGCAUGCGGUCGAGCGCAUUCGGUCGCCCUCGGCCACAACGGCGCGCUAUAUACAUGGGGCGGCGGCGACGACGGUGCGCUGGGGCUUCAAAACGUCGAGUCGGCGCUGGAGCCCAUGGCCGUGCCAACUACAUCCUCGUCGUUCCAGGCUAUCGCAUGCGGGUCACGGCACACGCUGGCGCUGACGUCCGACUUUCGCGUGUUGAGCUGGGGAUGGAACUUGUACGGCCAAUUGGGACUUGGACAUUUGGACACGGUGAGAUUUCCCACCGAAAUCCCGUCCUUUAUUGGGCACAAAGUUGUCCAAAUCGUGUGCGGGUUUCGACACAAUUUUGCAGUCGUCCCGCACUCGGCCAUGACAGUCGACGUGUUUGCGUGGGUCUGGAACGAGCAUGGCCAGCUGGGCGACGUCGAGUUUGGCGCCGACCUGCCGGUGGUUCAUCGGCCACAGCGCGUUCGGUCGCUAAUGGACGUGUCGUUGACGGCCAUGGCAGCUGGGGGAAGGCACUCGUUGUGCAGUGUGCACCCGCACGGGAGCUUUGCGUGGGGUCGCGGCACAGACGGCGAAGUCGGCACCGGAACGAUUUCAACGAGUCAGAGCAAGCUCGCAUGUAUCCUGCACCAUCGUGUGGUGUUUCAAGUCGCUUGUGGGUGGGCGCACUCGGUCGCGCUGGUUCAAGAAGACGCGACGGCGUUGACUCUGGCGACGACAACUGGCAUGACGGCGUUCAAGUGGAUCACGUCCGGGGACUGGGAUGCGUUUUCUGGGAUGUUUGUGCAAACCAUUCUCCAGCUCAUGAUCAUCAGCAGCCUCUUGCCAACGCAGGUCCACCUCCCAGUGACGGAUCUCCAAGCAACGGUACUCCCUGCAGCGGUCGCCACGACCAUGCUCGGGAACGUCUUCUUUGCCUUCCAAGGCAUCCGACUGAGCCAGAAAGAUCGCAAGCACGACGUAACAGCCAUGCCCCACGGCAUCAACACCGUUCUCGUCUUUGCCUACGCGCUGUCGAUCAUGGAACCAGAGUACCAGCGCACGAAGAGCUUCACUGCAGCUUACGAAGUCGGUCUCUUUGCCGCCAUGCUGACGGGCGUGCUGCAAAUGCUCCUCCUUCCCCUCCUCAAGUUCCUGCAAACGGCCAUCCCCAAAGCCGCCUUGCUUGCGUCCGUGUCGGGGGUCGCACUCACCUUUCUCAGCAUGGGCUUUGCUUUUGAAAUCUGGGAAAAUCCUCUCGUGGCUCUCGGCCCCCUCCUCUUGUUUCUCGUGUCGUACGGCGCGGGGGUCAAAUUGCCGCUUCACAUCCCGACGGGCCUUGGAGCUCUGCUGCUUGGAACGAGCUUGGCCCUUGGGCUCUACUACAGUGGCGCGCACACGACGUUCAUCCCGUUCUCCGAGCCGUACUCGUUCACAGUACAAUUCGUUCAUGUUGACCCGGCUCUGCUGUAUCGCGCGAUAACGAGCGGUGCCGGGUGGAAAUACGUGAGCAUCAUUGUGCCCAUGGUGCUGGUCAACGUGAUGAGCGCCAUCGCGAAUCUGGAAACGGCGGCGGCGGUCGGCGACAAGUACGACUCGCUCUCGUGCGUGUUGGGCGAUUCGAUCGUGACGAUCGUGGGCGCAUGCCUUGGCAAUCCGUUCCCCACAGGCCUCUACAUUGGUCAUCCCAUCUAUAAAGCCAUGGGCGCGCGAGUGGGGUACUUGGUCCUGAAUGCGAUCUGCAUUGCGUUGUUGGCCGCCGUGAACGGUGCGUUGUCGGCAUGUCGAUGGCACAUCUCACAGACGGACAGCGGUCCCGUGGCUGAUGGGAGCUAUUCCGAUCGCGUCGGGCGUCGGAUUCCUCCUGUGGAUUGGAAUGGUCAUCACGUCCAGCAGCUUUGAGCGAAAGGCCCAUGACUCGAACCACGGGACGGCCGUCGUGCUUGGCAUGGUCCCUGCCCUCGCAGCAUGGGCAUGCCAGUUGGUCCAAAACGCGCUCAACGCUGUGUCCCCGUCGACGAAUGUGACGACCACCAUCCACAGCCUCGCGGUCGCCGGCCUGAAUCCCCAUGGCAUGAUCGCGCUGUCCCAGGGAUAUCUCCUCACGUCGAUCGUCCUCGCUUCCACGAUGGUACACAUCCUCGAGCGCGAUUUCAUCUACGCCGCCGCUUGGAUGGUCCUUGCCGCCAUUCUGAGCGCCACGGGCGUCAUUCAUGCCUACGAGAUCGUCGGGAAUGCGAUCACGCCUGCGUUUGGAUGGUUUCCGACGUCGUAUUCGCAGCAGUUUGCGAUUGUGUACAUCGGCAUGGCCGCGAUGCUCGCGACGUUUCACGUCGGCGAAGAAGAGUACAAGUAUACGUGGAGCCACAUGACCAAGAUGGUCAAGUCGUGGUGGGGCGCGCGAAAGAAAGCGAGGCUGCCGCAGGCGGCGUCUGCCGGCGAAGACACGCCGCUGCUCCUGCGCACCCAGAGCACGAUGGUGGAAAUGGAGAAGUAGAUUUUGAUUUGGACCAAAUAACUACGUCGUCGUUGUGAUGUCCUGCAGUAAAACGCAAUCGGUUUAGCCCGCCUCGGACAGGUGUCAUCUAGACGCGUCGCGCGCAGCAUGGACCUCGCGAAGGAUUUUGACUCGGUGGAGACGGAUGUCGAUCCCGAGCUCCUGCAAGUCGGCAUCCGUGCUCACGGCAAGCAAUCGUCCAUCGAUGCCCAUGCGCCGAAGCUUCUCCGCCGCCGCGUCGAGCCCAAGUCCUUUGACCCAUUCAAACACGUCCGUCUCGUUCAUUGUCACGAGAGACGCCUUGGAUGGCACGAGCAUUGCCAGCCGUUGCUCCCUCGCCAGUCGGUCGGCCUCGACAACGUCCUGGAGCUCCUUCUCGACCACACUCGCUAUCGGCUUGACAUGCUUCUUCCCCUGCUGCAUCUUGAACGUCGCUUCCUGUCGCAUGAGCUCGUUCCGCCGCUUGUACUUGUCCCCCAUCAACGCCUUGAGCUCGUUGUUCAAUGCAGCGUGUUUGGUCUGCAGCGCCCGUGCCUUUGCAGGCAACGUCGCCAUCUCCAUCUUUUCCUGAACGACGUGCAUCUGAUCGACGAGCUCUUUUCGCCGAGUCUCCAUGGUUGCCAGGACUUGGCGGGCAUGGUUGAGAUGGUGCUCCAUCGCGGCGAGUCUGUCACCGGGAGCAACAACACUCGCUUCGUUUGGCUUUGACGUCGGAUGCGCGUGUGCCGCGGCCGACGACGGUCGCUCGAUUCCAUCAACGUGCUGCAGCUCGGCAAAGAGAGUUCGCAGCGCAGCACACAGUCGGUCCAUGUCGACAACCCCGGACCCAUUGUCAUCGACAGGCUUCUCUGCUCGACGAAGUCCAUCGAGGAGAGUUGCUUCGUUCUCACGCAGCAGAGGAUCCGUCAACGCGAUCGGCGCCAGGAGCGGAUUCUUUGCCAGCGGCACUGCAACGCCCUUCAGCAUUUCUCGCGCCUACGACACAAUCCACUUGUCCAAAUUCGACCACGUGACUCGAGCUGACCGUGGCGAAGAAGUCUGUGUCUGUGCACAUCUUGCGCAGGUAGUUGGUCUGCUUCCAGACGAACGCAGCAUCGGAGGCGCCGAUCCCAACCUGCCACUUGCGAAUCGCCUCCACCGCCGCGACACUUGCCUUGCGAUAUUGCCGCGUCAAGUUGUCGACGAGCUUCCACGGCCGCGCCUUCUUGCUUUGCGGCGACGCGAACUCGUCCGCGAGUUGCUGGAGCGCUUCCAAGCACGCCUCCCGCUCAAUUAUCAUACGAAUCGCGUGCAUCUCGAGCGCCGUGUGCCGCGAGUCCGACGACCCCUGGCUCGCAUACACCGUCACGCGCGACAUGCGGUCGCG